AUAACCAAAUGUUGUCUGUCUUCUGAGAUGACUUCUAGAAUGUGGCCAUGUCUCAGAUCUUUCACCUCACUGAAAUAUCUUGCCAUCUCAGACUCAUCUCUCAGUUUCGCUCCAUCACCUCCUGAGCUACCAUCGGUCACAAAACUAUCAGUCAAGGGAUUGACGUCCCAGUGCUUUGAAAGUCUGAUCUCAUCGCUUCCUGGUUUGGAAGAUAUCAUUCUCACGAUGGAUUAUGCGGAGGGAGACAUUGCUCGUUACACCACUGUUCUUCGUCGGACAGCAGGGCAGAAACUCAAAUACAUAUGUCUAUAUGGUCCGUCAUCACGUUCACCAGAGGAGAGCCGUGUAUCGAGAGAGACAAUGAGAGGACUGGGUCUGUUCAUCAAAGAACAUACACAGAACCUGCAGGAGCUCUUUCUGCAUAUGGUGAAGUGUACAGACGACGAUGACUUAGUUUACCUAAUGGAGUGCUGCAGACGUGUAAAGACGAUGGAAAACGUUUGGUAA